UAUUUAUAUUGAAAUAUAAAUGUUUAGCUUCUUAGGUAGCCUAUUCUCUAGAUUUUUGGUAUAUUUGUAUUUUGAAAAAACGGCAUGAACCCGAUUCAGAAGAAUUGUAUGGAAGAUUAUUUCAGUCUUUAUUUUGAUUUGUAAAAAGCUAUGGCUUUGGCGGAUGCCUGCAUAGACUUGGAAAAAUGCAAAGGCUUGCUACUUCCUGGAUUGUCUAAGAUUCAGCAACAGCAUCAUAACUCACUCCCGUUAACAUCAAGAGGUGGAAAUUAUCUUGCACAUUUGCUGUUGAAACUACUUGCUUCAUUGCUUAGCAGUCAACCAAAAAACGUUCAGGAUGCAAAGGAGCAAGUCUCAAGAAAGUUUCCUGAACCAUUAUCUAGAUGGGCCUUGGAAGAAGCAGAAUCUGCCCAGGAAAAGGGAAAGAAAAAAGUUGCCUUUUCUGUCGAUAAAUUGCAUCAUGCUUUGAAAGAACAUAAUCCAGGAAUGGAGAAGCAAGUGACUUUGAUAUUUUCUGGAGUGCUGGAAUAUAUGGCUUCUGAUAUAUUAAAGUUGACGACUAAUUAUGCAAAGAAUAUUUUAAGCAAUGAAAUAACAGAUCAAGAUAUCAAAAUUGCUAUGUUUGCUGAUAAUGUAUUGAUGGACGUUUUUCACUGUGAUGAAAUGGAAGAAGAUAUGGUUGUUGUUCCUGAUGUUAUUUCAAGAAAUAAAGUUGAAAAGCAUGUCUCCUAUGAAUCACUUGUUCGAGAUUUCAUGACAGAAGAAGCAAGCUAUCUUCGGGAUCUCAAUUUAAUCAUAAAGUUGAUUAAGAAGGAAUUCGAUGAAGCUCCCAACUUAUUUUCAGAAAAGGAUAUCGAAAUAAUAUUCUCAAAUGUUGGAGAUUUAGCUGAACUUGCUGUCAAGUUAAUCGGAUUAUUAGAAGAAGCUGUUGAAAUGACAGAUGAGAGUUGUCCUGUUCCUCUUGUUGGUUCAUGUUUUGAAGAUCUCGCUUUGGAAUGUAAUUUUGAGUUAUAUUCUGACUACACAAUUGCUAUGAUGAACAAUACUUGGAGGGAAAGUUUCGAUUCAAUAUUAUCGAGACCCGAAGUAACAAAACAUCUACAAAAUGUUUGCCACGGUUUUCGUGAUGUUGUUGCUUAUGUUUUACCAAAUCUUUUACUUGCACCUAUCUAUCACUGCUUCUAUUAUUUCGAGCAAAUUGAGCUUCUAGAGAAAAAGUCACCGGACCCAGAAGACCGACAAUGCUUAGUACAAGCAUUGAGUGCAAUUACUCCUAUUAAACCUAUAUUAGAAUUCAGGACUCAAAGUUUACCUAAAUUGAGACCAAGUGAAGCUAGUUUACGUAUCUCUUGGAGGGGAGGACCUCGUGAAUCUCGAAUGUCUGAUAUCGAAAAAAGUAUUGAUGGUUGGUUGGGAAGAACAAUUAGUCAAAGUUGUAACGAAUUUCUUCAUGAGGGACCUUUGUUACGAGUUGGUAACAAGAGAUCAUCAGAUCGCCAUGUUUUUCUUUUUGAUUUUUUAAUGGUUUCAUGUAAGAGCAAUCAAGCUAGACUGCCCACUGUUGCUGCUGCGUAUGAAUAUAGACUCAAGGAGAGGAUUUCUGUCAGAAAAGCCACUGUAAGAGAUAUUAUUGAUGAAGGAGGGGUGGAAAAGAACCAGUUUGAAAUAUUAGACGGAGAGAAAAAAGAAUCUCAUAUCUUUCAAACGAAGACGAAAGUGGACAAGAGAGCUUGGAUGUCUCACUUAAUUCGAUUAAAAUAUCGAUCAACUUUUGACAGAAUGCUCGAUCAGAUCAUCAGAGAAGAAGCAGCAAAUCAAGUUUUACGACUGCCAACACCCGAUAAGUAUCGUUUUGCUGAACCAGACAGCAAUCAAAACUUAAUUUUGGAAGAAAAUGACACCACUUCAAUUGAUGGUCAGAAUAAUGCAAUCAAUAAUAACAAUAAUACCCAAUAUGAUGUCAUAAAAGGUGGAACAGUUCUUAAACUUGUUGAGAGAUUGACUUAUCAUCAAUAUUCGGAUCAAGGUUUUUCAAAAACGUUUCUGACAACAUUCAGAUCAUUUUGUAAACCAAAAGAACUGCUCGAUCUUUUGAUCGAAAGAUACAGCAUACCAGAACCUCCACCAACACCAGAGCAACAGCUUGCCAUUGAUAGAGGUGAAUUACCAAACAGAGAAGAUUUGAAAAGAUUUCGUAAAGAAUAUUUAACUCCAAUAUCACUUCGUGUGAUGAAUGUUAUUCGACAGUGGCUUGAACACCAUUGGUAUGAUUUUGAUCGCGAUGAAGAAUUAUUAGCGGAAGUUGAAAAGUUUAUCGGAUCUGUUCGUGGAAAAAACAUGAAAAAAUGGGCGAGAACUAUGUUGAAGAUUAUUGAAAGAAAGAAAAAGAGUAGCGAGAAUAAUUACCCCGAAUUUUCUUUCACUGAGGAAGCACCACCUGUUGAAUGGAAUCUGACCCAUGACCCUUCAAAAUUUAAUUUAUUUACUUUGCAUCCAAUCGAAAUUGCCAGACAACUUACUUUAAUUGAGUUCAGUUUAUACAGGAGAGUUCAGCCUUCAGAAUUGAUAGGGUCUGUGUGGACUAAAGUUGGCAAGGAAACAAAUUCUCCAAAUUUAUUAAAAAUGAUUCAUUUUUCUACGAAAAUAACAAGAUGGAUUUCUAAAACUAUAAUUGAAAUUUCAAAUCAUGAUGAAAGAUUGGCUGCAAUGAAUAGAGCUAUAGAAGUCAUGCAAGUUAUGAAACAAUUGAAUAAUUUCAACGGAUUGUUAGAAUUUGUUGCUGCUUUCAAUUCUUCUGCUGUCCACAGACUUAAUCAUACCAAAGAGAGUUUGUCUGAUCGAUACUCAAAAAUAAGAAAAGAAUGCAUGGAUAUGUGUGAUUCGAGAUUGACAAAAACAUUAGAAAGAUUGCGAUCAAUUGAUCCACCUUGUGUUCCUUUUGUUGGUACUUUUCUUACAAAUAUUUUGAAAACAGAAGAAGGUAAUCCACAUUUACUUCCCAACUAUCCUGAAAAUUUGGAAUUAAUAAAUUUCAGCAAAAGGAGGAAAGUUGCUGCGAUCAUGCUUGAAGUUCAACAAUAUCAAGCUAUGCCAUACAAUCUAACGUCUGUUCAAACAAUCAAAGAUUUCUUCAUCAAUCUUGACCCGUUAGAUGGACGAACAGAUAAACAAUUUAAUGAUCAUUUAUUUCACACUUCACUGAAGAUCGAACCCAGGGAAGACAGACCACCUAAAUUUCCCCGUUCUUUCACUGACAAGGAAAUCAAAUCACCAGGCACUGUGCCUGGUAAGCGACACGUGUCUCGGACUCUCACUAAAGAAGAUUUCAAAAACAUGGACAGAAUACCAAUCAGAAGGGAUCAUAGUCUAAGACUUUCAAACUCAGAUAAGAGACAUUCGUUAAUUUUAUCACCGACUCAAAAGCGAGAAACUUUCGAUACGAUGUCGGUACGAAAUUUUGUCUUUACGGAUACUGGGAAAACACCAUCACCAAAAGAAGAACCUCCUGCGCCACCCCGACCACCUAGAGAGCCCCGAUCUCAAUCUCUGCAUGGAAUUGACCUUGUCUCAGCUCCGCCUACGAUGUCAGAUCGCUCACGGUUUAACUUUGAUUUAUCCACUUCAAGAUUGGGUCCGAAUUUCAACAACCCCCUAUCUGGUGCCCCACCACUUUCUGCGAUUCCUCCUACACCUGCAACCGCUCCUGCUCGAUCAUUUACAAAUGGAACUCACACCCCACUCGAAUCUGGUCAAAUUUCACCCCCUUCUGCGCAGUUAGAUUUAGGGGAACCAGAAUUGAUUCCGCCACCCCUGCCUCCAAGAGAACCAUGGAGGUUAAAUGGGGGAUAUUCAGAAAGGCACCCACUUUAUAAUAAAAAUUCCAUUGAUAGAUCGUCACCCCCUUCGACACCUCCCCCCAUACCACCUCGUGACCCCCCAAACAUCCCCCCUCGUGCACCUGUGAGGUCAAUGCCGUAUUCUCGCAACUAUGACAUUCAACCUAGUACGCCUCACAUUAACACAAAUGGGGGUCGAUAUGUCGUCGACCCCACUUGGGACCCUUCACCCACUGUUCAAAUCCCAUAUGCACACGGAGUCAGUAAUUUUCACAGUUUCGAAAAUUUACCCCAACAAGUGGAUCCCGAUACCAGGGUCACUACAGUGGUCACUCCGACUGCAUUUGAUUUCACAGAUUUCUCACAAUCGCUCGGGGGAACUCCACCCAGGGGAGGUUGGGUUUCUGGUGGAGCUCCUGCUAUGAAUGAACACCCCCGUUUCACAUCGAAUGAUGCCCCCCCACCCAUCCCAAGAAGACAGCCUAGUUCGACAACUUAAGCGAAAAUGAGAAUUAAACCUUCAAAAAAUAAAUCAUGCAACUUGGCAGACUUUUUUCCACAACUAGUAUAAGUGAAGCUUUGCACAACCGGCUACUUAGAAUUGCACAUUGGCGGGUCGAAGUUAUCUCAUCCCUGCGAUCGAACCACAAUCCUGAGAGCAGUUUUGUUCUUGUCCUCGAGGUUCGCAAGGGUCAAUUUUUUGGACGACAAGGCUAUUCAUAAUUAUAUACAUAAGCAGUUUGCAAGGUUCAAUUUGAUGAACGACCGAGCUAUUCUCAAUAACGUAUGCUGUAAAUUCUCAAUAACUCAUCCUUGUUAAGUGUUGUAAUGUUUGUUGUUUUUCAAUAUAAAUCUUACUAUUCUUCUAACUUGAAUCGUGUGAUAUUUGUUCGAGCCUUCUCUCAUUUAAGAAUUAUAUCUCAGUGGUCGGUACUCGCAUAUAUAUUCACAGCAUUACAUGUUUUUGAAAACAAAAAGUUCGAUGAAACGUUUAUUAUUUGCAGUUUUUCUCUCCCUUUGUUAUUUCGAACUGUAAUGAUUUUAUUAUUUUUUUCUUUUUUCAGCUUUUCUGCCAUUAAUAUUGUUCCAUCUCUGAAAUAUGUGCUUUUAUGCUUGCGAACUCGUUUGUGGAAUGACAAUUUUAGCAAAACCCGAAAUUUUUCAAGUUUCAUUUUUUUCGCUCACCAUUAUUUGGAUGAAGUAUAUUUAGAGAAAUCAUUUGAAUGAAAUGUGAAAUUUUUUUUUUUUUAAUUCAAAAAUUUGAAACCUAUUUUUUUUCUAUGCAAGGGAAGAGUCCUGCUGUACACUAACACAAAUAUACACAGAAAUACGUUUGUGUUAGUGUGAAACAGGUGUGUUAGUGUUCAGCAAAACUCUUGAAUUGCAUCAUAUUAUGGUCAUGUUUAUUCCUGCUACAGCAUCUUUGCAUUAAACGCAUACCGGUCCACUAACGCAAAGCAUUGAGGAAGGAUUGGCAGUUAGUCUAAUUUUUUCCUGUUAAAAUUUUUUAUUGUAAUGGUGGUAUACAUUGAUUCUAUUGAAAGAUUAAAAAAUGUAGAUACUUAUUGCAGGAUAAGAUUAUAGAAUAUCAAAACAAUUCAGUUGUCGAAGGAACUUAUCCCCAGUUUGAACACAAGAAGAGUGGUCUGGUUCUUUGUAUCCGUACCACCAGCUCAAACCUUUUCAAGCAAAACUCAAUUAUUAGAUACAUGUGUCGCUCGUAUUCUAAUUAAGAUUUUUUUUGUCUCAUCUAUUCCUUGAUGAAAUAAUAAUUCACUAAAUCACUAUGUACUCUUUUAAUGAAAUACUUUUCAUUCUUUAUCAUAUUCUACAACAGUGGUUCUGAUACUUUCAAGCCACACCCCCAUUAUAGAAUUUUUCAAGUCUCGUGCCCACCUCGAAAAUAAAAGCUACAAAUAACAGUUAUAUCGUUUACUGUUUGUUUUGCUAAAAUUGUCAUUUUCAAACUGGCUCUGUUUUUGCUUUUACUAUUAUUACUGCUAGAGUAUUAUUUGGUCACAAAUUGACUAACAAUCGUUUAUUAUUUAUACAUUAUGUGAGCAAGUGAGACUAAUAAUAAUAAAUAGUUUUCAUUAUA